UCAAAACUGAUCACCAACUCUGAGCUCAUUCCAUCAAUGGAGACCACCCUUUUCCUUCUCUGUCUAUUGGCUGCAAUAUCGGCUUAUGCUUUCUGGUUCUAUCUCCUAACUCAGAAGUUAACUGGUCCCAAAGUAUGGCCGCUUGUCGGCAGCCUCCCGGCUCUCUUCAAGAACCGGACGAGAAUGCAUGACUGGAUUGCCAGCAAUCUCAAUGGAGCUGGUGGAUCAGCCACUUACCAAACCUGCACCAUUGCGCUGCCUUUCUUUGCCCACAAACAAGGGUUUUACACAGUCACUUGCCACCCGAAAAACAUGGAGCAUAUUCUUCGAACCCGGUUUGAUAAUUACCCGAAAGGACCCACAUGGCAAAAGGCGUUUCAUGAUCUUUUAGGGCAAGGGAUCUUCAACAGUGAUGGAGAGACGUGGCUGAUACAGAGAAAAACUGCUGCUCUUGAGUUUACAACUCGGACACUGAGACAAGCAAUGGCUCGGUGGGUGAACCGGACGAUCAGGAACCGGUUGUGGGUCAUUCUGGACAAAGCGGCCAAGGAGAAGCAAUCGGUCGAUUUGCAGGACUUGUUGCUUCGUUUGACGUUCGAUAAUAUUUGUGGACUCACUUUUGGAAAAGACCCAGAAACUCUCUCGCCUGAGUUCCCGGAAAAUCCGUUUGCCGUCGCGUUUGACACCGCCACGGAAGCUACUCUGCAGAGACUCCUCUACCCUGGUUUUUUAUGGAGAUUAAAGAAGCUUUUUGAUUUUGGAGGUGAGAAGAGGUUGAGAGAGAGUCUCCUCGUUGUUGAAGAUUAUAUGAACCAAGCAAUCUCAGCACGUAAAAACUCCCCAUCAGAUGAUUUACUCUCACGUUUUAUGAAAAAAAGGGACAUUGACGGCAACGCUUUCCCCACUCCGGUCCUCCAACGCAUCGCUCUGAAUUUCGUUCUCGCGGGCCGGGACACAUCGUCGGUGGCCCUGAGCUGGUUCUUGUGGUUACUCAUGAACCACCCAGAAAUCGAGAAGAAAGUCGUUCACGAAAUUUCAACGGUUCUCAGAGAGACACGUGGAGAGAAUCCCGGGAAAUGGGUGGAGGAGCCACUAACGUUCGACGAAGCCGAUAAGUUGGUGUACCUCAAGGCGGCACUGGCGGAGUCUCUGCGGCUGUACCCGUCGGUACCGCAAGACUUCAAGUACGUCGUGAAUGACGACGUUUUGCCUGACGGCACUCCCGUCCCGGCAGGUUCGACGGUGACGUAUUCGAUUUACUCGGUGGGGAGGAUGAAGGCGAUAUGGGGCGAGGACUGCGCGGAGUUCAGACCGAACCGGUGGUUAUCGACGGAGGGAGACCGGUUCGAACCUCCGAAAGAUGGAUACAAGUUCGUGGCGUUUAAUGCCGGACCGAGAACCUGCUUAGGCAAGGAUCUGGCUUACCUGCAAAUGAAGUCUGUGGCCUCUGCGAUCCUGCUGCGUUACCGGCUAUCUCUGGUACCCGGUCACCGAGUGGAACAGAAGAUGUCUCUGACUUUGUUUAUGAAGAACGGGCUCCGUGUGUACUUGCAGCCUCGCAUUCUUGCAUGAAGAAGAAAAUUGAGCAGUGAAAGCGAGAAGGGUAAAAAGAUAAAUUCGGUGAGUCUAGAGGGUAUUAUUGUCAUUUCAACAGUUUAAGAAGGUUAUGCAAAAGACAAAUUUUAAUUGGUUUCAAUGUUAUUGAUAUACUUGGGUUGGAGGGCAUUGUUGUCAUUUUGGUUAUUUGCUUGUUUGGGUUGGUUUAAUUUUCUUUAGUGUAGUUUCGAAAAAGUGUUUGUUAAU